AUAAAAAAUUGGAUUCACAUGAGGUUUUAGCAUGCUUUCAUAUUUUUAUAAAAUUUCAGUUCCUACAAAAAAGAAAGAAAAACCCUAAAAUUGAGAAUCUUCCUCCCCACUUUUGCCCCCACAAUACAAUACAAAUUGGUCUCUUUCCCUCCUUUCCCUCUCACUCUCUCUCUUUCCCGCGCUUACCAUCACUCACCUCCAUUUGAUUUCGACUCUCAUCAAUCAUAUUCAUACACACUGCUUCUUCUUCUGUUCAAUUGACCAGAAAGAAUACCCGAUGGGAAAGUCCAUGAAGAAAUCCAAAAUCGCCGGCAACCUCGCCGCCGUGAUCACAGAGGCUCCACCACCGCCUUCCUCGCCGCAACAGUCGGAUCCCUCCGCCUACCUUCAGCUCCGGAGCCGCUGCCUCCUCCGCAGGGUUCCGCCCGCAGCCGCCAAUUCCAGGCUCCGAGAGAGUUCGCCCAAAACGCCGUCGUCUCGGUUCUGUGUGCAAGAGGAGAACGCUGAUGUCGGUGCGGAAGAUUCUUUUGGAGAAAAUUUCUUCGAGGUUGAAGACAGAGAUAGCAGAAGCACAAGGGAGAGCACACCUUGUAGUUUAAUAAGGGAUUCAAGUGCCAUUGACACCCCAGGUUCAACCACAAGGCAAAGGAGGCACCACAUAGUUCAUCCACACAUUCAAAGAAAUAUUCCAACGGCUUACGAAAUGGAGGAGUUCUUCGCUUGUGCAGAGAAGCAGCAACAAACAAAAUUUAUGGACAAGUACAAUUUUGACGUUGUGUAUGAAGUACCUCUGCCAGGACGGUACGAAUGGGUCCCAGUACUUCACUAGAACAAGCUUUGGUCAUGAUAUCAUAUGGAUUUCAACCAGCUUUCACUAACCAUUCAGAUUGUUUGAUGUUCUUGUUCAAAAAGCUAUAAGGAAAGUAUCUGUUUAGAACAGAUUUCUAAAACUUGGUAGUUUAACUGUCUUUCUGUUUACUUUUCUUUUAUUGGGGGUGAGUAUAAUAAUAUCUAGUUUAUGGGUAAUUUUUUCUGUAAUUUCGGUACCUUAUGUCUAUAAUUCAGCAGAGAUCAAUCAUGAUUUGGAUAGUCAAUGUAGAGAUUAGUUAUCCUUCUA